AUGGCUCUCUCCGGCGAUGCGUUCCACCGAGCCAUUCUUUCCGGAAAAAAAGAGUCUCGCCGUGACGUCCUCCUCCUGUUCAAAACGCACGUGAAAAAAGAUAACGUAGAACUAGCGUCGGUGCCCCGAUACUUCGAGGCACUAGCCGUAUCCAUGAAUCUUCUGGAUCCCGAGCUCCAAUUGCUCGCGUUCAGUCUGGUGUGUCACUUGGUCAAGCGCGUCAGCAUCCAGGAUAAAAUCGGCACCAUUCUCUCGGAUGUGAGUGCGGUGGUGCUACCGCUAGUGGUGCCCAAGAUAGCCGAUGCCCGAAGCUCCGUGAAGAUGUCUGCGCGGCGGGCGUUGGAGGCGUACUGGCUCAGUUCGCCGCGGAAAACGGAACGCGCCGUUGCGGAGAUCGGGUUGAAGAACGGCAGCCUGCUUUUGGCCAACGAGUCGGUGGUGUGGUUGAACACGCUUUUGCUGAUCAACGCCAACUUGGAUCUCCAUGCGUUUUUCGAGCCGCUCGCUCGCGUGUUGGCGCGCUCUCCGGAAGACGCCAUGCUCAUCUCCAACGUAAAAAUUCUCUUUGCCAACUAUUUCGAUCUUAAACACAAUCGCCUCCAUAGGUUUGAGCUACAGAAGGUGCUCGAGGCUUUAAACGUAGAUGCUGCAUUGCGAACCUCCAUCAUAGGCACCGAUUCGCUUCUUCUGCGUGAGUAUGAGAGUAAGAGGGAACUGCCUCGCGUGCCCGUGAAGCCCGUUCUGACGUCUUCAACCCUUCCUGAACGCACUGAAGGUAAGAAAAUACAGGUUUUACCAGAGAAAAAGUUCGUCAGUCAAACUCCGAAUGAGCCUAUAAAACCUGCUCCUGAGGCAAAUACAGAUCUAGAUGUCUUACUAUCGUCUCUUGUCGGGUACUCUUUGGAGGACAAUGUUGAGCCCUUGAAUAUGGAGAAUGAAGAGGAGCUCAACGGCGCCUUCGCCAGCUGUAUGCCCUGUUUUGAAGGUAAGGAGACUGAGAAGAACUGGAUUGCGCGAGAGAAAUCAAUAUCCACAUUGCGGGCAGUAUUCCGCGGUAACUCUCGAACUCUGUUUCCGGAUGCUUUGCAGCUCAAUCUAAAGCAAUCCGCAGACGCAAUUUGCAAAGGACUCAUGUCUCUCCGCACCAGUUUGUGUUUGAAUGCAUGCCAGUUUGUGAAGGAGUUGGUUAUGUUCUUGAAGCAGGACUUCGGAGCAUUGUUGGACUUAUUUUGGCCGACCCUUCUCAAGCUUUGCUCAAACACCAAGCAUCUCACAAGCUCCAACGCACACAUCGUCAUAUCCGCAAUUUAUGCCAACACGUUUCUCUCAAACAAAUUGGCGCAGAAAAUACAAUUAUCUGCGCGGGAGAAAAGCGCAAACGUGAGAGCCUACUCCGCGUUCUGGCUGCAAAUCUACAUGAUUAGGAGCCACAAAACUUGGCCAGUUCCUCCGAGCUGUGAAAUUAUCGAAAGCGUGCUUUUCAAGUUAUUGCCAGAUCCGAAUGUGCAAGUUCGUCUGGCUGCAAAGGAUGCUUUCUGGAGGUACUACGUUUUUGCUGUUGACGCUGCUUCUAAUCUAUUGAGUCGUUUGGACUCCAACACAAUCAAAGCUUUGGAAAGGUCUCGCCCGAAACAUUGUGGCCAAACACCUUCGAUGGUACCACCUCGCAAAUCAAGACCAUCUAUCAAGGAGGCCAUUAUGGCAAAAAACAAAGAAUUGAGAGGGCGACAAUCUAUUUCUAGAAGCAGUUCCCGAAAUGGACAUACACCAUUAUUCAACACCCCGAACCAAUCCACCGACGACAUAUCACAACAUGUCUCUCAGCUGCAAGACGAAAGGUCAAGCAGCAGAGCUACAUCCGAUUUCCUUAGGUUUCAAGGAAUUCACAAUCGCCAAAAUGGUCACGAACACGAUUUGAAACUGUCUAUACAAGCAUCUCGGGAUAGUUCAUCAUUGACCUCUCAAAACGGCAAUCUUAGGCAGCUGUUCUCGCUGCAAAUGAUGGCUUUAGCUGUUUCGCAGCCAAAUCUGGAUUUAAGAGCAUCUGUACCAGAGACAGCAAAUGGCCAUCUUGCUCAGAAAGAGCCAGAACAUGUCAACCUUGAUACCAUCAAAACACUACUUUCCUCAAAGGGAUUCAAGCAGAUUCAGAGUGGUGUCGAUCAAUUGAAGUCUGUCUUGUUGACCCAAAUGUUGUUGCCAAAUGACCUCAAGGCCCAAAUACUAAGCGUUUCUGUAUCUCAUCCCCAAUGCUUCGAAACGCUUUUAUCAACCAAACUUGAAGCAGCAGGACUUGCGGACAUUCUUGGGCCUGAGGAAUUUGUUCGAACGUGCUUCGUUACUACGACAAAUCGUGAUGAGUGCUGGCUGCUCAUCUCGGGUAUUUUGAAGAGUGAUGAGAUCUUAGGAUCAAUAAACUCUCUUUUGAUUAACAUCUGUGACAUGGAUGCAAUUCGCAGCAACAAAACCUUGGUCAUGCAGCUCAUCAAGUCAAAAAGCUUAAUUCUAGCCACUCUGAUGCAUUGUUUGCUUCGAAUUAUGGAUUCUCGACUCACAGAACCACACAGUCUUACAGCAAUUGUGAGUACUUUAUUGAACUUAGUUCCUAUCGUCUACCAAACAGAUAUCAUCGACUCAUACAAAGAACUUUUAAAGAACGUGUAUGAGUCAAAUGAAGCCGAUUUCAUGGCGCAGUUGAAUAAAACUACGCAGCAGAAUCGAAGUGCUAUAAAGAGUCUACUUGGCCUUGAAACGGAAUACAAAUCAGCUUUUGAAGAUGCAUCAGCACUCAAUCCGUCCGAGUUUACCCUUAUUGCUCCGGGGAUGUCAAAUUCCUUAUCUCCAUUAAAGCACCCAUCUGACUUCACAAUGCUAUUUCCGGCAAAGGCACCAACAUCUUCUUCACUGGCUCCUAGCUCUCAUAGUAUACUGACGGGGUCACUCAAUGAACAUCAAGGAAACAAUCACGAAAUUGAUGAUAUAGAGCCUUCCAAUGGGAAGUCAAAAAAUCAAUUUCGGAACGAUUUCGUUAAUGUGCAAAAUGAGGAAGAGGUAGAACCAGAGCAUUUUGACAGAACGACUAGCGUUCCGAGCUUACCUCAUCCAACAACACAUCAGCGUUCAUUCCAGAAUAUUUUUGCGAAAUCUGAUUCUCAAGGUCUUAAAUCCGACUUCGUGGCUAAACUCAAUUCUGAUCCUGCGAAGGAUUUGGUGGAUGACUUUGCUCAAGUGAAACUAUCAAACUUCUCGAAUUCUAUUGAAUCGUUUAUCGAAAAAGUAGACCCUUUGAAUUGCAUGUCCACAAAGAGCCGUCCGAUUCAGAUUUACGAGGACCCCAAAGGCGGGUCACCUCAGAAAGCGAAAGAUUACAAGUACACAGACCUCAAUUGGUUUAACUUUCUGAUCGCACGUUUAUCUAUGACAAAUGACAGUACAGAUGAAAGCGGUCUUGAUUCGAUUUGUCAAGACCUAUCUAAGGGCUGCAUUACCUCUGGCCAGCUUGCGCAGAUCCUCAAAAACCUACAAGAUGCACAAUAUGACGAUGCAGCACAUUCUUCGCAAUUGUUGGAAGUUGAAGAUUCAUUGUGGCUUUAUCUCAGUUUUGAAACCUCCGAAAAACUCACUGCAUUGAUGAUUUUAAAGCAAUUAUUGGUUUGUCGUCAUUCAAUGAAUUUGCCCCGUGUAUGGUCUGCAUUAUUGGAGAUCAUUCUGCCAAAACAUUUAGAGAAGAUGAAUCUCAUUGAGCUGGCUCUCUCGGAGGUCUUCGAAGAAAUGAUGUGUGGAAUGUAUCCAAGUUUGGACUUGUUCGCGGUAAUUUUUGGGACACUUGAAAGCCGUUCCCAGAUUCAAGAAGAGCUCCUAUAUUUCCUUGUUGACUCAUUGCACCGGCUCCUGAAGGCCAAACCAUUCCUUUUAAUCAUCAAUCACGAACUAAUUCUGGCCAUGGAUAGUGCACUUCAUCAAUACUUGGCGCAUGAAUCAUCUCGCAUCAGAAAGAUGGUCUAUAAAACCUAUGGUGCUUUUGUAAAGGCAUCUGCUAUGCUUGCAAAAUCGACCGAGACGAGUUCUGUUGAUCAUAGUGACACAUACCAUAGUAUGACCAGCGUAAUACAGGGCUUGUCAAGCUCUGAGCGGAGCCUCGUUGAAUUUUAUGGAAAAGAUGAUGUGUCUCCACGAGUAUAG